AUGAGUGGCAUGGUUCAAGGAAUUUCUGUGUCUGCCUCUGUUUUCACAUUGGUAGCAAUAGCUGUGGACAGGUUUCGUUGCAUCGUUUAUCCCUUCAAGCAAAAGCUGACCAUCUCUACUGCUGUUGUCAUUAUUGCAGUCAUAUGGGUUUUGGCCAUUGCUAUUAUGUGUCCAUCCGCAGUUAUGUCACAUGUGAAAGAAGACAAACACUUUCGAGUUGUUCUAGGCAACAGCAAUCAAACUACUCCCAUUUAUUGGUGCCGCGAGGAUUGGCCUAACCCACACAUGAGAAAGAUAUAUACCACGGUACUGUUUUCCAACAUCUACCUUGCUCCUCUCUCCCUUAUUGUUAUUAUGUAUGCCAGAAUAGGCAUACUUUAUUCAAGAGUGAACUGAAUGUUGAUAGUAAGAAUCACCAACAGCAAAGGCAUGCUGUUUCCCGAAGAAAGCAAAAAGUUAUUAAAAUGCUGAUUAUUAUUGCUUUACUGUUUAUUUUAUCUUGGCUACCUUUGUGGACACUGAUGAUGCUGUCAGACUACGCCAACUUGAGCGAGCACCAGUACCAAAUUAUCAAUAUUUACAUUUACCCUUUUGCACACUGGUUGGCAUUUUUUAAUAGCAGCAUCAACCCCAUCAUUUAUGGUUUCUUUAAUGAGAACUUCCGCCGUGGGUUCCAAGCUGCCUUCAAACUUCAGCUAUGCUCAGAAGAGUUGGAAAGGAGAACCAUGUACUCACAUCGGGCACAAGGCAAUGCAAUUUUACCAGCCACAUCUCAAAAUGCUGGGCGUCAAGGGUCAGCUUUUGAAAAGCAGAGCAGUGAUGAUAAAGAAUCUGACAAACGAAAACCACUAACAAGUGACCAGGAUUUAAUCAUGGAGGAUUUGGAGAAGAUGUCAAAUAACAAUGGGAUCCAGAAAGACAUGGUUUAA